AUGGCACUUGUUGAUGAGCUCAACGACGAUGGGCGCCUUCUAAUGGAGAAAUGGGAGGAGGUCGAGACCCAGUUGGCAGAGAUGGUGGCAGACAAACUACUGUCCGAGCCAACGGGCCAGUCACCCUCCUUUGACUCCUCGGACAUGGUUAGGGGGCACCGGGUGAUCAGGUGCGACGAUGAGUUCUCGCGGGACUUCCUGGCGGAUUGCGUUGCCAGACUAGGCAAGGCAUGGAAGGGGAUUAGUAUUAAGCUGGUCCCCGCCAAGGACAUCCCAAGGAGACCCAGAGCUCGCAUCUGGUUACCCAAGGGGCUGUCUAGCCAUUAA